CUCGCCGACUUCAGAGCUCGGGCGGCGGCGGCAGCAGGCGCAGAGCUGCUCCAGAGGCUCCGGCGGCUCCAGCGGCCGCUAUGGGCGGGCGGCCGCGCCGGCUGCGCGGGGGGCGAGCGACGUGACUCGCCCGGACUCGGAGCCCGGCCGUGCGGGUCGCGAGGCUGCUCAGUGGGCGCGCGCGGAGCCGGCGCCGAGCGGGAGCCAGAGCAUGCGGAACGCGGCGCGGGCGGCCGGGGGGCGCGCGGGGCGGCUGUGGCCACGGCCCCCCUCCCCGGGCCCCGGCCCGCCGCCGCCGCUGCUGCCGCUGGCCAUGCUGCUGGCCGUGCUGCUGGGCGGCGCGGGCGCGCAGUACUCGAGCGACCUGUGUAGCUGGAAGGGGAGCGGGCUGACGCACGAGGCCCACAGGAAGGAGGUGGAGCAGGUGUACCUGCGCUGCUCCGCGGGUGCGGUGGAGUGGAUGUACCCGACCGGGGCGCUCAGCGUCAACCUGCGGCCCAACACCUUCUCGCCCUCCCGGCGCCUGACUCUGUGCAUCAAGCCCCUGGCGGACUCCUCGGGGGCCAACGUGUACCUGGAGAGGACUGGGGAGCUGAAGCUGCUGUUCCGGGACGGGGACCGCGGGCCAGGCCGAGGGCGCUGCUUCGGCUUCGAGCAGGGCGGCCUGUUCGUGGAGGCCACGCCCCAGCAGGACAUCGGCCGCAGGACCACGGGCUUCCUGUACGAGCUGAGCGGCCGGCGCGCGGGCUCGGACCUGCACGCUCUGGCAGCCCCGUGCCGGCCCUGCAGCGACACAGAGGUGCUCCUGGCCGUCUGCACCAGCGACUUCGUGGUCCGCGGCGCCAUCCGGGACGUCACCCACGCGCCCGAGCGGCAGGAGUCGGCCAUCCACCUGCACGUGAGCCGGGUGCACCGGCAGAAGAGCAGGGUCUUCCAGCCGGCGCCCGGGGGCGGCUGGCGGGGGCGCAUCGCCACGCUGCUGGAGUGCGGGGUGCGGCCCGGGCGCGGCGAGUUCCUCUUCACGGGACACAUGCACUUCGGGGAGGCCUGGCUGGGCUGCGCCCCGCGCCUGGAGGACUUCCAGAGGGCGUACAGGGAGGCUGAGGAGAGGGGCCUGAACCCCUGCGAGAUGGGCGUGGUGGAGUGACCGCGGGGCCGAGGGGUGACCGGAUGGGGUGGGCGCCUGCCUUCACGCGGAG